GAUCCGGUUCACUUCCCAUUCUUUGAGAGACGAGAGAGAGAGAGCACGGAAGCAAGAUGGAGCAGGGGGACGAGUGGUUGGCCGCCGACAAGCUCCAGCACCUUCUCGCGUGCUUCCUCAUCACUGUUCUCGUCGCCGUCCUCGCCGUCCGGAGCCGCCACCCUUUCCUCCGCCGUCGGAGCACCGCCCUAGGCUCCCUCUUCUCUCUCUUCGCCGGCGCCGCCAAGGAGGCCGGCGACGAAAUCGGCCUCUGGAGCUCCGCCGGGGCGUCCGUCAAGGACGCCGCCGCCGAUCUCGUGGGCAUCCUCAUCGCCUCCCUCUCGCUCGCCCUCUAUAGGAGGCUUCUUUCCUCUUCUAGCCGCGAUCUGGUUCGGGAUCGGGAGAUUUCGAUGGUAUAGAACCGAUGAAAUCCAAGAAGCCCUAGAAGAUUUUCGUAGUUCGGGAGUUCCUCUUCUCUUUCUUGAUUACCUGGUUUUUGAACUGGAAAUUGAGAUAUACCCUGUAUAAGAUGAGCUAAUGCCAAAGAUGAGCAAGCUUAACACCUGUGUAGGUUGAAAAGCAGGCUUGUUGCAUCGACUGGGAUAGUUCAAAAGGUUUGGGAUGGGAUGGAGCUGUUGAUGGCUUAUGAUAGUGGAAUGACCGAAAUGUUCCUUACUCAGAGGAAAAGGCAGGUAUCAUUCUGUGGUGACCAGUCUAUACAAGGAUUCAGUUCCAUUGGGGCUGCAGUAUCAAUUUCUGGUCCAGUUUCACCUGUUUCUUCACCACCUGAACCUUGAAUGCUUCAGAAGACCUUGAAACUUACUAGGAGCAGACAAGGUAGUACGAAAAGUUCAUACAGCAACACAGAGUACAUAUAGGAGUUGGAGAUAUUAUUGGAACUUUGUGCUCAUCCUCUUAACAUACUGACUUUGCUAAGGGAGUCAAAUUGAUGACACAAUAUUCUAUUAACGUUCAACUGGUGAUUUCUAGUGGUGAUGCUUUAUUUUGCCGUCGAAGACAUGGAACUGAUGAUGACAUCUAGUGAUAUCUUUGCUAUUAUGCAGGCAUGUGCACUAGCCACUUAUGAUGAUUAAUAAGUAAAUCCUCAUGAGAUAAUUUAUGUGCCUCAAUCAUGUAAAGAAGCAGGAAAGAUCCACUAAAUAAUAUAUUCUUGUGAAACGGUUGAUAUGGUCGACAUAGACAUGGCUCUUAAAUGACAGUGGGGAUGACAGUUGUAGGUGCGGCUAAUUCUUGAAACACAGUUAUAUGCAGUUCUAGGUAUGUACUCGAGCAUGUUGGCUAUGGUAACCUACUAAAACGAAAUUGUCAAUUAGAAUUUAGGAAAAAAACAUAAAAUCAUCAAAAAUCAAAUUAUUAUUUUAAAGAAUUCAACUGUCCUCAAUCUGAGUACCAAAAAUGAGCAUCAGUGUUGUGAUUAGCACAAGAAAGACUUUCAUUAACAUGAAGAAAUACUUAUAGAUCUAUGAAGAACAGGUUCAGUUCUUUCACUGGCAUACAUGAUUACUACUGUAGACUUGUAGCCUGACCACUAUAGGCCCAGUCACAGUCCUUGAUGUUUAACAUAUGCCACUAGUUUAUACACAAAGUAAAUCAUAGAAAUUAGAAUGUAGAUUAUUAAGCUAUGAAAUCUACAUAGUUAUAGUACUGGUCGGCAUGUGAAUGGUAGCUUGUUUAUAUGAAUUUUUGAAAAUUUUCUGCUUGCCAAAGUCCAAAUCAUUCUUCAUAGGUCUGUAAUUACAUUGCAAAUCAUUCUUUAUAGAUUUCAUGGACGUGUAAAUGAAUUAGAAGUUGUAUAGUAGCAAUGAUCUACAUUGGAUCUAAGUAUGAAUUGUUAAGAAUAUUUUUCUAAGAUUAAGCAAAUAAUUGUCUUUUAUAUAAGGACUUAUGAAAUGUAGAGGAUUUUCUGUAUUUAAAGCAUCUGCCUGAUCAUCUUGGCAAUCAAAGGAGACUCUGUUGAGGUGCUGUUUCCCUCACUCUGGUUUCUAACAUGCAUAGGAAAUGGAAGUAGCAAACUCAAUUACUAGGUUGGUGCACCAUCAAACUAUAGUACCAUAUAAAAGACCACUGGCAUGAAUUCCUGACCCCCUGGAAAAAGAUGUAUCCUUCCCAGACCUGUGUUUAUCAAAUUUAUUCAUCCUUGUGCACCCAUCUCUUUAUAGAUCAGUUGUGGAGAAGAAAACUGAAAGUUGGAGUUGCUCUUCAUGGGAAAGUCUCUGUCCCUGAUUUCUCAAUUCAUGACAGUUGUAUCAGUCUUCCUCCUAAAAUCAUGUGAUGUGUCUCGGCUUUUUGUGAAACAGUCCUUCCUUUUAAACCAGACAAUUCUUUAAGGGAUAUAACUUUUUAUCAUGCAUCCUGUCCUUUAAGAUCGGUCGUGUAUUGCACAAGCUGAAUUGCUAGUGUUGUUGAUGGCAGACUUGAUAUUUGUUUUUUUUCUUUUUUUUAAAAAAACAUUCUUUAAACUGUAAAGUAGUGCAUGUUCAUCAGACACUCCAAGCCCUUUUAUCCACUGAAUUGUGUCAUUCACUUGAAUUUUUCAUGGUUUCAAGACAAUGUUCGGAAUCAGUUGAUCCAAUGAGUUGCUGCUAACAGCUGCGACAUUUGUUGUCACCAUAUUUGGCAUGGUUGUGGGGAUCUUUGGCAUGAUUUUCCAAUAACAUUAUCUGAAAAACCUAGAGCAUUACAGUGGGUGCUUAUAAGGAGCGUCUGGUGUAGUUAUUUUCUGCUCCUUCCUAUGCUAUUUUACAUACUGAAGAUUAUUACCCUUGUAAAUACACUGCAAAUAUAGAGCAGCGAAAAUAUGAUUUAUCUCUGUGCAAUCUGCUAUGCAUUCAGAAGCAGCAAUUGCAUAAGAGGUCGUUAUUUUUUUUUAUCCCCAUGUAUAUAGCAUUCUUCUGGUUUGAGGAAAAGCUUGGGGAUAUACAAAUACUAUUAUUGCUGUAGAAGGAAAAACUAUAUUAAACUUUGGAGUAUUUAUAAUAUGUUUUCUUCGAAUUCCAAUUUCCAAAAUACAAAUUCUACAGCUAAAGUAGGAAUUAAUUCGUUAGUGGAUAUGGCUAGUGCAUUUUGGUUUGUCUUUGUCAUGGGCAAUCUCUAUUGAUUAGUCAGUUCUUCACUCCUGUUGAUGAUGUUGAAUAAAGCAUUUGGCCGUUUAAAUUACCCAAAAUAUAAGGUCUAUGUCACCAUGGCUUCCAGUCAUUUACCACUUUUCACAUCAAGUGAAUUUUAACCUAUGGGCAUGCUGCAUUAGGAAUCUUUUAUCAUGUGCCGUUGCAUCUGUUCCUAAUUUCAUCUCCAUUUAGAAUAUAACUGUUGGAGAUUUAUGCCACCAGUUGUGCCAUAAUAUGUCAAGUCCAGUAAUUUUCAUGCUCCAAAUCUACAGUAUUCCUGGAAUCAAAA